AUGGGGAAAUUAGUAGGAUUGGAAUUAAACAAUUUCAAGUCGUACCGUGGGAAGACCAAUAUAGGCUUUGGGUCAUCAAAUUUCGUGUCAAUAAUUGGUCCGAAUGGUUCAGGAAAGUCUAAUAUGAUGGAUGCUAUAUCGUUUGUCUUGGGGUUGAACUCGUCGCAACUUAGAUCAAGGCAGUUAAAAGAUUUAAUAUACAGAGGAAGAAGAGAUACACUUGGCGAAGACUUGAACGACAGCACUCUUGAAUUUGAACAAGACCCCAGAUCGGCCUAUGUCAUAGCUAUUUAUGAAAAAGAUGAUGGAGAAAUAAUGAGGUUGAAAAGAUCAAUCUUAGCAAGUGGUAGUACCGAGUAUCAGAUCAAUGAUCAGUCGGUUACAAGACUAAACUACGCAGCGGUUCUAAAGCAAGAAAACAUUCUUGUCAAGGCAAGAAACUUUCUAGUAUUUCAAGGUGAUGUUGAACAAAUCGCGUCACAAAAUCCUAAUGAUUUGUCUGCCAUGAUUGAACAUAUCAGUGGAUCCAACGAGUACUUCGAAGAGUAUGAACGAUUAAAAGAAGAAAAGGACCGGGCACGCGAAGUCACCAACGAGGUGUUUUCGAGAAAGAGGACCCUCAAUUCAGAAUCAAAGCAGUACAAGGAGCAAGCAUCCGAGCAACGACAAUUUGAAAAGAGCCUUAUUUUGAGAAAUGAUCUCGUAAAGAAACUAAACUUAUAUCAGUUGUACCACAAUGAAAACAAACAUCACCAGUUGAAGAAAGAAAUCAAAUCAAAGAGCGACCAUUUGAAGGAAAUGAAGAGCGAAGUAUCAAAGAAAGAAAAUGCGUAUAAAGCUUUGACAUCAGAGUACUCUAAAGUUGCGCUUGAAUUGAAAAGCUACUCCAAACAAAUUGAGCAGGCGGGCCAAAAAGUCGAAUCUACCAAGAGAGGAUUGAUCCCUAUAGAAUCAAGCAAGGCUUCGUUAUCUUCAAAGAUCAAGUCACUGGAGAAUAAAGUUUCAGACUUGGAAGUAGACGUUGCUUCGCAAAAGACACAGAUUAAAACCAUUGAAAAACAACUCAAUGACAGCAAAAAAUUGUUUAAGGAAUUUGAAGAACAAGUUAGAGCUUCCAUAGCCGCUUCAUCGAAUUUGAACAUACCAGAGGAGGGUCAACAAGAAUAUGAGAAACUAAGGGCCGAGUAUCUUGCAGCAAGUGGAUCAGAAUUAGAGGAACAAAUUUCAGUAUUGAUGCAUGAAAAGGACUCUUUGGCAAUUAAGGAGAAGAGUUUAGCUAACCAAAAGUCUAAUGCCGAAUCUAGGAUGCAAGAGCUCCAAUCAAGUAUUAACUUGGAGUUGAAAUCAAAGUUGAAUGACUUGGAAAACGAAAUUAAUCAAGUAUUGAACAAAAAGGAGGAAAUGAACGCGGCCAGAAACGAGCUUAUAAAACGAAAGGAUUUAUUCAAUCAAGAAGAGCUCAAGCUCAAUACCGAGUUAAAAGAUGUAUUGCUCAAAUUGGAAGACUUGUCGUCGCAGCAACGCGAAUCUAACAAGCAAAAGAAUUUAAGGGAGAACAUAUCCACGCUCAAAAGGUUGCUUCCGGCUGGAUCUAUCAAAGGAUUAGUUCACGAACUAGUUUGGCCAACUGAGCAAAAAUACGAAUUUGCUUUGCUGACAAUUUUAGGACGAAACUCCGAUGCGAUUAUAGUUGAAACAGCUGCAGUUGCAUACAAGUGUAUUGAUCUCUUGAAGGAAAGAAGGGCAGGGGUUGCCACUUUUAUCCCAUUGGAUUCAGUUGAGUUUGAACCAGUUAACUUGAGCUAUUUGAGGUCAAUACAUGACUCUGCUGUGCCGGGAAUGGAUAUUGUUGAGUACGAAGAUAGGUCAUUAGGACCGGCAGUUGAAUACAUUGUUGGAAACGCCUUAGUUGCCGAUGAUAUCAAUGUGGCUAGAUCGUUGAGAUGGAAUUCGUCCAAGAAGUUUGAGAACAAGAUUGUGACUUUGCAAGGGUCAGUGAUUCACAAGUCAGGCCAAAUGACUGGUGGUCAACAAGCACGCAAAUCAUCGGCGAAUAUCAGUUGGGACAAACAGGUGUGGAUAAAGAUGAAUGAAAGAAAGGAGGUUUUGUUGUCUAGGGUUUUGAAAUUGCAAGAGACUCGACCUAAAGAAUUGGAGAUCAAUUUGUUGGCAGAGGAAAUAAGUCUGUUGGACGAUAGAUUACCGGUUUUUAAAAAUCAAAAAAGUUCAUUAGAAAGGGCAAUCAAUGAUAAAGGUAGUGAAAUGGAUUUCUUGAAAAAGCAGUGCGAAAACUUUGAUGAGUCCUUGGCAAAGAUGAGAAAAGAUUUUGAAGCAAUUGACAAAAAGAUUGCAAAAUUGCAAAAAGAAAUUAAAAAGAAAAAGUCCAUUAUAUACAAGAGUUUUUGCGAAAAGUGGAACAUCAAGGAUGGCAUAGACAAGUAUGAAGAAUUACAUGGUGCUGCAUUGAGGACUAGAGCGAAGGAAAGAGCAUUAUUUUUGAAAUCCAUUUCAGUAUUGCAAAGCAAAUUAGAUUUUGACACGGGACGAUGUGAGGAGACUGAAUCGAGAAAAAAUACCGUUAAGAACCAGGUCGUGGAUUUGAAAGAGGAAUUGGAACAUGUAUUAGAAGAGAAGAAAAGAUUACACGAAGAACUUGAUAGUGCUCAAGCCGAAUAUGAAAUUUUAAAGAAAGAGCAAAGUAAGAUAGAGCAGCGGUUAGAGACAAAGUUGCGAUCAUCCAAAAUAGUCGAGAACGAUUUAGCUGAAAAAUCGCAAGAGGCUACGAAUCUUGCAAAAGAAAUUAUUGAACAAGAAGAAACAUUGUUGAAGGUUGACUCUGUUAGAGUUAACAUUAUGAAAAAUUGUAAGAUUCAAAAUAUAAUUUUGCCAUUAGAGGCAGGUGAUCUUGAUAGUAUCUCCAUGGGUGAGGAUUCUGACGAGGCGUUGGAUGAAAUAUACAAGAUUGAGGUUGAUUAUGAAAUGCUUGACCAAAAAUACAAAAAUACAUUCAGUCCUAAAUUGGAAGCUGAACUUGAGGUGAUGCUUCAAAACACUAUUGAAAAUUUGGAAAAGUUGGCACCUAAUGUUAAAGCCAUGGAGAGAUUCAAGGAAGUGGAGAAUAAGUUAAGGGGUUAUGAUAAGGAUUACACGGUUGCACGCCAAAAUGAAAGAAAAGCAGCUGACAAGUUUAGAGAAAUUAGUGAAAAGAGAUACGAUAAAUUUAUGGAAGCAUUUAAUCAUAUAUCAGGCUGCAUUGAUGCCACUUACAAGGAGUUAACCAAAUCUCGUCUAUCACCAAUGGGUGGCUCAGCCUUUUUGAUCCUCGAAGAUGAGGAUAGCCCUUACUUGUCAGGUGUGAAGUACCAUGCAAUGCCUCCUAUGAAACGAUUCCAGGAUAUGGAAUUGUUGUCGGGAGGUGAAAAGACUAUGGCUGCGUUGGCUCUAUUAUUUGCUGUCCAUUCCUUCCAACCUGCACCAUUUUUCGUGUUGGAUGAAAUAGAUGCCGCUUUAGAUAAUAGCAAUGUGGCAAAGAUUGGAAAUUACAUCAAAAACCACGCGGGUCCAAACUUUCAGUUUAUUGUUAUUUCGUUGAAGAAUAAUUUGUAUGAAAAAUCCGAUGCUUUAGUGGGUAUAUACCGUGAACAAAGAGAAAACAGCUCCAAAACGGUAACACUUGACUUGAGUGAGUAUCCAGAUGAGGAUAUACCAUUGCAGAGUAAUCAAGCCGUUGCAGUAUAG